AUGUCUUCAUCCUCCCCAGCAAAAUCCCUGCGCCAACUUCUUGGUGCUCCCCCGUCAACCGCAUCAGUCCAAGACUCCACCCUGAUUAUCAUCGACGCUCAAGACGAAUACGCAUGUGGCAACCUCCAGAUCGAGGGUGUAUCCGACAGCCGCAAAGUAAUCUCGGAUCUUCUGACCAAAUAUCGCACCAACCGUACUCACAGUGGUCGCAACAUUGUCCACAUUGUUCACCAGACCCCACCAGGCGCUCCCGUCUUCACUCCGGGCACGCACCUAGAAAGGGAAUUCGAAGAACUCACUCCUGUGUCUGGGGAGAAGUUGAUCACAAAGAACUUCCCUAGCUCUUUUGCCCAGACAGAAUUGCAUGAGUACUUGAGCAGUCUUGGAGAUGUUGGAAAAAAGAUUGUACUGGUCGGCUAUAUGGCGCACGUGUGUGUCUCUACGACUGCCAGGGCUGGUAAUGAACUAGGUUUUGAGGUUGUGGUUGUGCGUGAUGCGGUGGGAGAUCGGAACAUCCCUGGUGUAGAGGCUGCAACUUUGAAGGAUGUGGCUUUAGGCGAGCUGGAGGAUGCUUUUGCAACGGUUAUAACUGCUCACGAUAUCACUGCCUAA